GCCGCCGCGGCCCCAGAGGUUCCGGCCACGGGGACCUGGUACCUCCGUGUCACCCCCGCCCCGCCCGGGCUCGGGCCGCCAGCGAGCGAGCGGGAGGGGGAGUCGCCACCCGGCCCACUGGGGGGCGUUUGCUAAAUUAUGGUUUUUGUUUUGUUUUGCUUUGCUUUUGCAAAGUGAGCGCCUGCUGCCUUCGGCCCCUCCCCCAACCGAACGCAGGGUCGGUAGGGACCCCGCAGCCCCGCAGGCCGGCGGUGGCGAGAAUGAGGGUUUAUUCUUUGCAGCGGGGUCGCUUCCUCUUUCCCAAAGGUCGCGGUGCCGCUGUCCCCGCCGAGCUCCAGGGCUAGCGCGGCUUCUCCCGGCUUCCAGGAAACCCGCCGAUUGCGAAUCAGGUGGGGUCAGUCCACACCGGACAGGAAGAUCCUUUGGGUGAUUUGAUCGCCAGGGCUGGAGAGCCACGAAAGUGGGAGGAUGGAGACCCUGUGACAUCUUCAGGAUCGGGACCCUCUCAGGACAAACGAAAAUGCUGGCUACGCUCAGGGCUGCUAGAAAUAAAGACUGAGUCUUCACUCCUGAAAUCAAGAAAAAUGUCCACAACAACACCCUGGCCCCUCAAGCCCCAAAGCCACCCUUGUGGCUUGAAGUGCAGCUUGGAUUUCAGGUGUGGGGCAAAGUACGAUGGGAAAGAUUUCAUUUCUUGCUCUGAUUUGUAUGCGGUUGUUUUGUUUUCACUACUGGGGAUUGAACCAGGGCCCUCAUACUGAAUCACAUCCCUACCCCCCUUUUUGUUAUUUUGAUUUUGAGACAGGGUCUCACUGAGGCUCUCAGUGCCCAAGCUGGAUUCCCACUUGAGGUCCUCCUGCCUCAGCCUCCCAUCUUCCACAUUUUCCCUGCUGGGAGUCUUGUGACCUCUUCAAAUAUACCGAACUUGAUUAUCGGGUCCACCUCCCUCUUCUCUGUCCCCAACCCUUAGCAAAAUCUUGUUGCUCCUCUUCCCACUAAGUUAUUCAUUCCAGGAAACAAAGUCGGGACAGGAAUAAGGCAGGCACCACACACACGCACACACACACAUGUGCACACACAGAGGAAGAAAGAAAAAUCCAGUCCAUCCCUACCCAACCCGGUCCUGUGUCCUGUUCUUGGUGCUCCUGAGUCCCACAAAGGACCAACCCCUUGGGACUCAAUAAAGGUUUAAAAAUAUCCUCCUGGCUCCCAGAGCCUGUACACAAAAUGCCCCCCGCCCCUCUCUGCAUCUCAGCAACAGUGUGAGGUGAGUGGGUGCUUCCUGGUCACGGCCCUAUGGACUCUGAGCUGGGGAGCGUCUGUCUCCCCAUCCUCAAGAUCCUGGCCCAGCACUGACCCCCCCACAGGCCCCCUGGAGCCUGGCCAAGCCUGGCCGGUUGUAGCCAGUCUACACUGACCCCACUGGCCCAGGCCUGAUACAGGGGCCCCUUCAUCAUUUGGGUUCAAACCCAGCUCCGGAUGUGCCUUGGUUCUGUCCUUUGGGUUUAAACUUGUUCUACUUCUCCUCUACCUUCUAGCGAUAGAUUUAGGAGUUCUCCCAAAUGAAAUGUUCUGACUUUAGAUUGUAAAAUAACUCACACACAAAAUGUUUUCCCCUUGAUCCUUUGAUCUUGGUUUUGUCCCUGAGCAGAAGGGAUGGUUGCCAUCGUGGGCUUCUGACACCAGAAAUCUUCCCUGGGAAACCUGAAGACCUUUGAGGUCCGGAGCUCCGAAGUAGAAGGCUCCAAUCUUGGGGUGACUGGGUAGAACUGAGGACCUAGAUGCUCAGGAAGGCAGAAAAGCUUUCUUCUAGGAAAUCAUUAAUUAGGGCAGUGUCUGAUUAGGGAAUAUGUGCAGGCCCUCUUCCCCCUUUUACUCAUGCAAAAGAGGAAACUUCAGAUUCCUAGGUUACCCAGAGUAGUCAGCGUUUGGGGUUGGGAGAAUCCACUGCGAUUCUUCAGGUCUCUCCAACUCUGUGCUUGUACGACUGGGCAUGAGACGCCGGAGAAGGGGAAGCCGCCUUGUCCAGGCCAGAGAACACUGACCUCAGGCCACUGGCCGGGCCUGUGCUUCCGGCAGCUCCAGCGGGAGAGGGAUGAAGAACACCAGGGACAGGCAGCUCCCCUGGGCUCCCAAGUGGUCCUGGCUGCCUUCUCCGUGUCCGCCCCAGGGAAGCCCAAAAAGUCAGGCCACACCCACACCGGAGUCUGUCCCUCGGAGCCGACGCCUGCACCUCAGCCUGCACCCCCACAGCCCGCCCCUUCGCCUUUCGGGCUCCUCGCGAAGAUCCUUCAGAAUCCUGGACGCCGUCCGGUGCCCACGUGGGGGCACCCUGAAAAGCUGAGGUCUCCAUCUGAUUAUCACACCAAACAAAAUGAACAAUACUCCCUGAAUAAUAUCCAGGAUGCCAGGGAUCCUCUCCAUCCCUCCUUCCUUGAAGGGCCAUUGGGUUGGCUGUGUGGAGACAGGGAAGACUGCAGAGAGCACCAGGCCUCUGUAACCAAGAGACUCUCUCAUAGCCGCCAGUCCCCAGGGACAGGUGAGGAUUUCUUCUGCCGGAGUAAGAAGAGCCAGCGGACAGGCCACUUAUUCAUUACCUCCUGUUGCUGGAGAAGCCUAGGGGGACCCCAGGCUUUGAAGACCAAGCCUGCGAAGUUGAAGUCAGGACCUCCAGGCUGGGAAGAGCGGGGGAUACCCUGGCCUGAGGCCCUUCUGGAGGAACCCCCCCCCAUCGUGAGCUUUGGGGGGAGUCUGUUCAGCCCCACCCUUCCUCCCCCACUCCCCACAGCCCUGCCCCGCCUUCUUUCUUUGGGAGCCCCAACCUCUCCAAAAACCCCAACUCCUUCUCUCCAAGAGCAACUCCAAGCAGCUCUGGCUGGCUGGUUGUGGAAGCAGCUUUGACUGAUCUCCCCACGCUCAGCCCUCCAGCCUUGCGCCCUAGGACCCGGGGAGAAGCAGCGGGAGCAUCUCCAAGAAGCCCUCACAUACUUCAUCUCCAAACUACACCUAGCUCAUAAAAGCC